GCCAGGAUGGAGGAGUUCCUGCUGCACCACUGCGUCACGUCGGACGCGCCCAAGUCCGGGGACGAUGCCGAAUCUCAAGCUUCGCCUUCAAUCUGGCGGUCCUCGGGGCGAGCGGAGUGCGUCCUGGUGCAAGAAAACCGCCACGCGCAUGGCGCGUCUCGUGUGAUCCUGUCGGCCAUGCUGAAGCUCUUGCUGCAGUCCGCCAAGACGUCCAACGUGCUGCUGCUGACGCUGGAUUCGCCUCACGUGGCUCAAGGAGUUGAAGCCUCAAACAAGUUCACGCACGUCGACUACUCUGCCGACGCUAGCAACUUCCAGUCGUCCAUUGCAGGCUCUCAACUAGUAUCUACAUUGAUGCGUGAUAUUGAGAGUGUUGAAGCGAAAGUCCGCCUGAAGGGAGCGACCUCUGCACGGCCGAUGGUCGUGGUGCUGGACUCGCUGAACGUGCUGUUGCAGCAGACGUCACUGCAACAAGUGCUGCUGUUUCUGCGUCAACUGCGCAGCCACGCGGUCAUUGGGUCGGUGAUCGCGCGUUUGAAUGCCGGUGCGGAGUCUUCUGAAGUCGCGCUAGCGCUUGCGGCUCAGGCGACAGCGUCGGUGUUGGUGGAAACACGUUCGUCGCUACGAUCUUACCCGGUCCUAGCGAAGGAGCGAAGGCGCGAGAUUCCCCAGGGUAUGCACGGGUUUGUGCUGCUGGUCCGACAGAAGAAGAAUGGUCGAAGCAGCGAAACUCUCGAGUACGUUCAUGUGCUCGGUAAACAGAUCGAGUUCGUUGCUGCCGGUGACGUCGACAGCCAGUCUGCCGCGAUGUCAGAGUUUAAGCGGAAAUCUCAACCUGAAGCAAAUCCCAUCACGCCCGAAAACUCUGGCCAAGCCCCACUCCCCGUUCGGCAGGAAGAGGUGAGCUUCAACUUGUCCAUCAGCGCUGUGGAGCAACGCGCGAAAAGCCAAGUCCAACUGCCGUACAUGCACCAAGGCUCUGGUGGUGCUAGCAGCGGGCCAAAUGCAAACAAUUUUGGCAGCAAUGGCCCUGCUGGAGCGAACAACGCACUUUUCUUCAUUGAUGAGGACGACCCGGAUUGGGACGACGAUGAUCUCGAUGACGACUUGGACAUUUAG